CAAUCUAUGUCAACUCUAGUUUAUGGUCGGUUUGUGGCCGAAAAUCUGAAAAACUGAGAUUGUUCUCGAUUCCGAAUACAUUACUUUUCGGUGAAUACCUGAUUAUAGAAAAAUCAGUAUAAUGUUACAGAAAAUUCGCCGGUAGUUCUUUUAUGUUAACAAUAAAUUCAGUAGUAAACACAUUUUUAUCUCCAAUGCUUUCACAAUAUUAUUUGUGUAGGUUACUUUAUAAAUAGUUAAAUUCAUUCAAUUUACUUUUGUGAAAUCUAAAGAAUAAAGAUGUUUUGUUGGGGUAAUUCAACUCAUCAUGAGUUGUAUAUAAAUGGUGCAGAUAUUAAAGAUUUGGUAAUAAAACCAACAUUAUCAAAAUGGAAAGAAAGCAAUCACUUACAAGUUGUAGCUGCUGGAGAAUUUCAUACCCUUUAUCUAACAAACAAUGGACAUUUGUAUUCUUGUGGAAGUAAUGAUGUGGGCCAACUUGGACGUCAUACACAAAGCAGUGAUGGAGAAACCCCAGAUUUGGUGGAAACUUUUAAAGGCUGUACAAUAUCAACAGUAGCAUGUGGCAUUCAGCACUCAAUGGCCCUGGAUGAAUGGGGUCAACCAUUCAGUUGGGGUUCGGACAGUAUGGGACAACUGGGGAGCAAUCUUGGUGCUCAUGCUCAAGACAAGCCCAAAAUUAUUAAGUUCCUUGCAGCAAAAAGUGUAAUACAGAUUGCAUGCGGAUCUUAUCACUCCAUUGCUCUAACAAAUAAUGGUGAUCUAUAUUCUUGGGGUGCAAAUAGUUAUGGACAAUGUGGCUUGGGAAAUAUGACAAACAAGGAAACCACUCCACAACAGAUUACAUCAUUGUUUGGUGUGCCUAUAGCAUUGGUGGCUUGUGGUAGUAACCACACAUUUGUUUUAUCUAAAUCCGGUGCAGUUUUUGGUUGGGGUAAAAAUAGCAAUGGACAAUUGGGCCUACAAGACAGGGAAAAUAGAUAUUAUCCUACACAUUUGAAAACAUUGAGAAAUGUUAAGGUGUGUCAUAUAUCAUGCGGGGAAGAUUUCACAGCAUUUCUGACAUUGGAUGGAGGUGUGUUUACUUGCGGCUCGGGAGAGUAUGGUCAGACUGGUCAUGGAACCACCAGGGAUGAGCUAGUUCCUAAGAAGGUGAUGGAACUUAUGGGUAGUACGGUGACGCAAGUAGCCAGCGGACGCCGUCACCUGCUGUGUGUGGUCGGGGACCGCAUCCUGGCAUGCGGGUAUGGUGCGCGCGGUCAGCUCGGCUGCCCUCACAUGACCUUCGCUUUGGCACCCACACCGGUACCCUUCACACCUAAUGAUGAUUCACCGACUGAUAAUAUUGGACAAAGUAAGCCCCGGAAGAAAUCCAAGAUGGACAAGGCUAGGAGUUCUAGCAAAGGCAGCGGGCGGUUCUCUAAACUUGACUUCAUAUCGGAUAUAUUCAGUGGUCCAAUAAAAGUGUUUGCGGGAGGUGACCACAGUUUUCUUAUAAUGAGCAACGAUAAAACUCUGUCAGACUUUAGAGUGCCUGAUGCUAAGAAACAGAUACUAACCCUCACAUUGCCGAGACUUGCUGCGUGUGAAAUGUUCAAAGAUGAUGAUACUGUCAAUCAAGAUUUGAUGGCAUAUUUGGAGACAGUGUUUGGUUCACUGGCAUGCAUAAACGGUUCAUUCCUGCAGGCGAACAGUGCUCACUACGGAUGCAACACCAAAGUGCCCGGCGUCGAUUUAAAGAGAGCACAAGAAGCGUUCACACUUAUAAGCAGAUUUGAAAAUACAUCUAUAAAAAAUCUUAUUUUCGCUCACUUAACAGAGAAUAUAAUAAAGAAAAUGAAAGCAUCACCACCUGACGCUGAGGUACUCCGAGUAUUCUUGAUAGUACCGCUAUACCAUGAGAUGAGAAACCCACGUCGUCAUCCUGAAUUACAGGGUCCUUUUGCAGAAGCAUUUAAUAAAUUAGCUACGUACCCACAAAAGAUCGUGCAAUUGUGGUGGGAAGCGCAACCAACUGAUUACUUUGAAAUGCUCGUGGAUAUAUUCAAGAGUGUUAUUGUUUACGAAUUACAUAGUGUAGUGCGAGUUAAUAAGAAAUUAUCGUUCACACACAGUAUAGUGCAGAUUUUGAAUGCAUUAUCAUUCUUGAAUAAAAUUAAUUUCGUGAAUCCAAAGAAACCCAAAAUUCCAGCGGAAUGUUUUUACAUAGAUGAUCUGUGCGACUAUGUGGACAUCGCGACGGAUUACAUACAUUGGCUUGCUGAUCAAGAUUCUUCACAACCGCAUAUGUGUAACUACGCGUUCUUAUUCGACGUGCAAUGCAAGUCUUUGCUAUUGAAGAUAGACCAGCAAGUGCAGAUGCAGAUGGCCAUCAGCAGAGCGGCCACGCAGAUACUGACACGCCUCUUCUUUGAUCCCACCUUCGAGUACCAGAGGAACCAAUUCCUGAACCUCACGGUCUCGAGGAAUCAUCUGGUGAGGGAUACCAUGAUGCAGAUCAGCAGCCAUGAUACCUCACAGCUCAAGAAACCGCUUAGAGUAGAAUUCGUGGGUGAGGAGGCGGAGGACGCGGGCGGCGUGCGCAAGGAAUUCUUCAUGCUGCUGCUCAAGGAGAUCUUCGACCCUGUCUACGGCAUGUUCAAGCAGUCCGAGGAGACCAACAUGAUAUGGUUCUCUAACAACCCCUUUGAAGAUGACGUCAUGUACUAUUUGAUUGGUGCAAUAUAUGGUCUAGCUAUAUAUAAUUCAAUAAUUAUAUACGUUCCGUUCCCAUUGGUGUUGUACAAGAAGCUGCUCGGGGAGUCAGUUAUGUUGGAUGAUCUGUCGGAUUUGUAUCCAACAUUAGCCAACAGUUUGAGGAGUUUGUUAGAGUAUCCAGAUGAAGAUGUUGAGGAGGUGUUCAGUUUAUGUUUUGCGGUGAACACGAUCGUGUUCGAUGAGAUUCAAGUGCACAAUCUGAAGGAGAACGGCGAGAAUAUUCCUGUCACGCACGAGAACAAGGAGGAGUACGUAGAGUUGUACGUCGACUUUCUGCUCAACAAAUCUGUGCUUAAUCAGUUCAAAGCUUUUGAUCAAGGAUUCCAAAAGGUGUGCGGAGGUAGGAUUAUAAAGUUGUUCAGGUCGCACGAGCUGAUGUCUGUGGUGAUCGGCAAUGAGGAGUACGACUGGGAAAUGUUUGAGAACAAUUGCGAAUAUAAAAAUGGUUACACUUCUAGUGAUCCACAGAUUAGAUGGUUCUGGGAGGUGUUCCACGAGCUAUCUCUGGAGGACAAAAAGAAAUUUCUGCUGUUCCUGACGGGCAGUGACCGCGUCCCCAUACAGGGUAUGAGGGAUAUCAAAAUCAGAAUACAGCCGGUAGCAGACGAAAGGUUUUACCCAGUAGCGCACACAUGCUUCAAUCUUCUCGACUUACCGCGAUACAACACCAAAGAAAGGCUAAAGUACUAUCUCUUACAGGCCAUACAACAGACGCAAGGCUUCUCCUUAGUGUGAACACACCAUAUAAUAGUCCUAUCGAAUGUAAUUCGAUUACGAAUUGGUUAUUUUAUUAUGUUGUAGAAAUCGUAUUGAAUCAAAAAUAGGCAGUUUGGAUGUUGAAUUGACAAUAAGAUUUAUAAAUAUUUUUUUAACUACAAAUAUAAAUUCGCGACCCUAUCAGUAUGUUAUUCAAUUUCUGGGCACUAUUGUAAUGUACCCAGGAUUUUUUUAUUCUUAUAUGUAUAGUCAUGACUAGUUUACUUUUAUUUUUAUUGAUACUACCUCGCGUUUACAAAAUCAGAAUAAUUUGUAUUUUGCAGUUUAUCCGUCCGGUUUUCACACGUACAAAUAAAGUGAAACUUUAAAUCGCCUCAAAUUAUAAGGAGACAAGGAUCUUGUGAUCGUCAGAACAUAUCUGAACUAACAAUUCAUCUCGACAGAGUCGUUUGACCAAUGAGUGAACGGCAGUUGCACGUUUUGGUGUUGCCAUUUUCAUAAUAAUAAAAUUCCAUAAAAAUAUCACGCACGAUAACACAUAGGUUAGUUUGCUAAUUUGUUUGAAUGUAUCAAUUUAAAUUAGGAAUUACUACGAGAACUUAGGUUAUAAAUUGCAAAUCAAUUGCUUGGGAUUGCAAUACAACUUUUGGUAGAAUUUAGGAAAUUUUUUGUCACUGGUAACCCUAAAAACUUUGCGCCCCUGUCAAUGUCAAAAAACUGCCAUAAGAUCCUUGUGGCACCAUAACAUGAGAUGAUAUCGCAAUUACGCUCUGCAAAAAUACUAUUUUUGAUUCUUUACGAACUAAAUGAUGUUUUGGAAUGUUGACAAGUUGUACUAGGGACACACCUUUAGUGCGCGGUUAGUUUAUAAUAAAAUAAUAUGGUGAGCCUCCACUGUCGUAGCAUUUGUGUCAUAACAAUAUUUCCUUCUCACUCAUUUGCUGAAGAAGACAGAGACAACAAUAAUGUUCCUAUACAUGUGCUACGACAAUUCACUAUUAGAUAAAUUCUAAAUUGAUUUUAUUUCGAAAAUCACAAUACACCUAUAGAUUUAUAGGAUGCCUGCAAGAUAAACAGCUUUUUGUUACCAUUAGUGUUUGGGAGUUCGGCUAUUGUAUGUGAUCGUUGUUAAUAAGGUAAAAAGAUCAAAGUACAUUUUAAAUUAUGUCAAAGAUAAACCAGUUAUAUUGUUUUUUUUUUAAAUUAUGUUAAAGCUUAAAACUUAUAGUUUUGAAAUAAUAUGUGCCACUGGUUUUGUUAUAACUUGAUGCUUAACUUCAAUUAUGGUUAAAGUGUCCAAACUUUCAUAACACAUUAUUAUAAACUAAAUAAAAAUUACUAUACAAAUACACUUAAUUUGGUGUCAGCACAGACUAGUUUUCACCCCACCAGGGACUCUAAAGAAGGGCCCUAUGUCUAAAGAAGGGCCCUUCUUUAGAUAGAAGCGGCUCGUAAUGUACGAAAGUGUAGUAGUUAUUAUUUAAUGUUUAAAAAACUGUUUGUGUUUAUAUUUGUAUGUUUUCAUCAAAAAAUUACACAUAUGUGUUAAAGAUAAACUGUCACUAGCUUUUCAUAACCACAGCGAGAAAUUUAAACUAGUCUAUGAAAUAUAAGACAAUAAUACAGUAGUUUGGUAUUUAUAAUUUUUUGUUCACGACAUUUAAAUUUAUAUUUAACAUAUAAUUAAAACUGAACUUUAUUCUAUAAGAAAUACGGCCUAUAAUGUGUGACGUGACAGUGGUCAAUCUGUCGCUACAGUGGGCACAAAUUUAUGCAUGAUAUUUUUUUAAUAAUACUCCGAAGAAUAAAUUAUAAUUGCUUAAAACCUUCUUUUGAAAUUUAAUGAA